AUGGACCACAGAGAAGCAUUUAUAGCUGCGUGGAUAAACAUUUUUCCAAAUAUCAAGCCUCCCAGUACAGAAUUCUUACAAUUUUGUGGUUGCGGUGGUGAAAAUCGCUCCCAAGAACAAAUCUUCGAACGGAUCAAUUUAUGUAAAGAGAGACUUGAUAGUGCUUUAAACGUGUUAAAAAGUGAAGGAUUCAUUCUAAAAUGGCUCACAGGGAUACUACAUACAAAAGACGUUUAUCAAAGUGAUUCCGAGCUCGUCAAAGUUCUGAAUAUGUUCUUCCCAAGUUCAUUUGAACCUUGGACAAUGCUUAUGGACACUGCCCCCAAAUCGGUUACCACAGAAGUUGCUACAGGCACGGAAAGUGCAAGCGUUUCUAACGAGCCUAACGGCAACAACAGCAAUUUAUUGGACAACUGCGAUUUGAAUGAAGGGAGGAACAAAGCUAUUAGCGAAGUAGUUGAGGCGGGUUUUGUUCAUGGGUCGGAGCAAGCGCUCGGCGGAAGUGAGGAUGAGAAAUCAUUAGAGUUAGAUUUCAAUAACAAACGGGGGAUGACUGGGGUUCCUGGUAAAUUAUUUAGCAGUGAGAAUAAUGAAUUCGACGAGGAAGAAUGUUCGUUGUAUGAUGAUCAGAAUACAACAGAGGGUAAUAAACUCUUAUCCAAUAACAAUACGGAAGAGAGAGUUGAACACGACGUAAGGAAAACAAUUUCACGUGAGGAAGAAAACCCUACGGGUUCAAACCCUCAAGACGAACAAACCGUGGAGGAAAUGUCUCACGAGUCAAAUUCUCCUGACACGGAAAAGCCAGCUGGUCGUAAAGAUCGAACACUUGCGACUGUGUUUUCUCCACUGUCAAAGGGAAUCAGUAAGGCAAUACCAAAAGGGAAGUGGCAAUUGCCGCGUUCCCCAUUGAGCAGUUCUAAACAUCGAAGGAGUGACUCGAAGGGUAGCGCGGCAAGUUCUGAAGGAGAUGAUUUUUCCUCACAUCAUACGGAAAGUGAAACGCCAGAAAAUCUCGAUAGCGAAGUAUUGUCAGACGAUAGUGAAGUUCGUAUAAAGUUAAACGAUAUUUAUUUGACAAAUCAGGCGGAUAUUAUGGCAGGUGAAGGCGGAGGUGUUUGUUCGGGCGAGACUUCCCCGAGCGAGCGACACGGUGAUGUUGUCGAUUUCAGGGGACAAGGAAACUCAGAGGACAUCAAGGAAAACAAAAGCAUCGAAUCCGAGGGUAAUGCACGUGGUGAAACAGCUGAUGAUUCAUCCGAUGUUAUUCUCGAAGUUGUGGAUGAACUGAUAUCUUACUUGGAAGGAAUUGAAGUCGUAAGCAGUGAUGAAUUUGAAGCAGAAGGGGAAUCUCCUCAUGAGGAGGAAGAAGAGCCGGAAUUUAUGUUAUUUGGUGGCGCUAUCAGACCACGGAAGCCUCAUCGACCCAGAAAACAACUAGGCUCUGUGAUGUCUAUAGGAAAUGUGAGUUUAAUGAGUACAGACUCUUGUGUGGCUCCUUGGUCAAUAGAUGUUGCUGCUUCUGAAAUGCAAUCAGCUGAUUCAUCUGGGGAAGAAGACAACGUGUCGAGUGAGACAAGACCCAGUCCAGGUACCUCUCCUGGCUGUGGUCUCCCUAAUAUGGAGUCAAAAGAGAAACUGGAAGCACCUAGCACCCCUCCACCCAAAAGGCCACCUCGUCGUAGUAAAACUGAGAGACUUUCCCGCACACUAGAAACACCAAAGAAGCUUAUCAAGGCCAGUGUAAGUGGAGAUGAUGAUGAUGACGUGUUUGGUAAAGGUAUGUCAAUUUCCUAUUAUUUUUGUCGUAAAUUAGUUUGUCAUGUGGUACUUUUUUGCCAUGCAACAAACUCAACCUGGUCACCAAUACUUCCAAAUUUUCUUUGUUGUUUUGAUUGACCAAUGACCAGGUGAAUUUCCUUUGUUGUGAGUGUGUGUGGCCCGUGAAUUCUUGGCCAAUAAUAAUUAAUGUUUGGAUGACCCUGAUUGUGUGCAUAAUUAUGCCGUAAUAUCUAUGGUAUUUAUUUGGCAUAUUUUCCCUAGUUCACCAAGCUUAGGUAUCAGGUUUCUGAACAGGGAAGUCAGCAUGUCAUAGACUGCAGAUUCAUAGCAAUUAUGUGGACAAGUGAGUACCUCACCAAAGAGUGAGUUGAGUAUUAUAGAAACCAUUGUCCAAGUCAAAGUAUGCUUAAAAAAAGUCCUGGCCAGUAGUCGGGCCACGAUUUGAGUCUGUACCCAGCAGGCAGAUGAAUGAACUGGAAUGACACAUGUAGUUUCUUGCUUUGGCAAGAACAGCGUACAUGAUAUUAUGAUCUCAACUUGCAUCUAAUGCUUUAUAAUAUUAUUUUAGAAAAAAAAUGAAGCACAAUUUUUUUAGUAUUUUGUUGUGAAAGCAAUAUUAUUUGUUGUUUGCAGUGAAAUUUAAGAUAUUAUUAUCUUGCCGUCAUAAGAGGGAUAACUGUGAUUAGCCCAGAGAUGUUUUUACUAAUACUAAUAGUUG